AGGAGCUCGUGGUCAGGGGCGGCUCCAUCCGCCCCGGCUGCCCACAGCGGUCCCGGCUGGGCCGCGGUCUUGGCGGUGGAGCAGAAGGGCGCGAGGAAAGGACCCGCGCCCGCCCUCCAUCGCGGCGAGCCCGUGGCGUCCGAGAACACGCGGAAAAGCGGAUCGGUCUUUGCAGACGGGGCUCCGGAGCUGCACUGCGCGUGCGCCACGGUACUAGCCGCGGGAGGCGGCGGUAAUUACCGAUUGUCCUGCUUGGAGGAGGCGCGGCAACCUGGGGCCGAGGGGUGGCCGAGCUCAUGAUUCCGCCGCUGCUCGGCGCCCUGUAAAGGCUUCUCGGAAACAGGAGCCGGGCUAGUUCCCAGCCCCCUCGAACCGCCCUCGGGGAACCAGCGCGCGGGUCCCGGCGGCGGGACACCGGGAGAGGAAGGUGCAAUGGCCAGGAAUUUAUCUGUAAUCAUGAUCCUGACCUUUGCCCUUUGGGUCAUGAAUCCCCUUCAUGAACUACAAUCAACAGCUGCUUUCUCUCAGACCACUGAGAAAAUUAAUUCAAAUUGGGAAUCUGGCAUCAAUGUGGACUUGGCGGUUACCAUGCAACGACAUCAUCUACAACAGCUUUUCUACCGCUAUGGAGAGAAUGAUUCCUUGUCAGUUGAAGGGUUCAGAAAAUUGCUUCAGAAUAUAGGCAUAGAUAAGAUUAAAAGAGUCCACAUACACCAUGACCACCACUCUGACCACGACCAUCACCCUGACCAUGACCAUGACCAUCACCCUGACCAUGACCAUGACCAUCACCCUGACCACGACCACCACCCUGACCAUGACCAUGACCAUCACCCUGACCACGACCACCACCCUGACCAUGAGCGACAUUCUCACCGCAGCCAUGCUGCUGGUGGUAAAAACAAUCGGAAAGCCUUUUGCCCAGAUCAUGAUUCUGAUAGUUCAGGUAAAACUCCUAGAAGCAGCCAAGGGAAAGGUUCCCGCUCACCAGAGCGUGUGAAUGGUAGAAGGAACGUCAAAGAGAGUGUGAGCACAAGUGAAGUAACCCCAGCUGUGUACAACGCUGUCUCUGAAGGAACUCACUUUCUGGAGACAGUAGAGACUCUGAAACACGGGAAACGGCCCAAAGAUGUGAGCCCAUCUACCCCACCCAGCAUCACAGAGAAGAGCCGAGUGGGCCGACUAAGCCGGCUAGCGACUAGGAAAAGCAAUGAGUCUAUGAGUGAGCCUAGAAAGAGCUUUAUGUAUUCCCGAAACACAAAUGACAAUAUUCAGGAGUGCUUCAACACAACAAAGCUGCUGACAUCCCAUGGCAUGAACAUCCAGGUUCUGUUGAAUGCAACGGAGUUUAACUAUCUCUGCCCAGCCAUCAUCAAUCAAAUUGAUGCUCGGUCUUGUCUGAUUCAUACAGCAAGUGAGAAGAAGGCGGAAAUCCCUCAAAAGACCUAUUCUUUGCAAAUAGCCUGGCUUGGUGGCUUCAUAGCCAUUUCCAUCAUCAGUUUCCUGUCUCUGCUCGGGGUCAUCUUGGUGCCACUCAUGAACCGGGUGUUUUUCAAGUUCCUGCUGAGCUUCCUGGUGGCGCUGGCUGUCGGUACUCUGAGUGGAGACGCUCUGUUACAUCUUCUCCCACAUUCUCAUGCAAGUCACCACCACAGCCAUAGCCAUGAGGAACCAUCGAUGGAAAUGAAAAGAGGUCCGCUGUUCAGUCACCUGUCGGCUCAGAACAUAGAAGAGAGUACCUAUUUUGAUUCCACGUGGAAAGGUCUGACAGCUCUAGGGGGCUUAUAUUUCAUGUUUCUUGUGGAACACGUCCUCACAUUGAUCAAGCAAUUUAAAGAUAAGAAAAAGAAGAAUCAAAAGAAACCCGAAAAUGAUGAGGAUGUGGAGAUUAAGAAGCAGCUGUCCAAAUACGAAUCUCAGCUUUCCACAAAUGAGGAGAAGAUGGAUACAGGUGAACGACCUGAAAGUUAUCUACAAGCGGACUCCCAGGAGCCCUCCCCGUUUGAUUCCCAGCAGCCAACAGUGUUGGAAGAGGAAGAGGUCAUGAUAGCGCAUGCACACCCACAAGAAGUCUACAAUGAAUAUGUGCCCAGGGGCUGUAAGAACAAGUGCCAUUCACACUUCCAUGACGCCCUGGGCCAGUCGGAUGACCUCAUUCACCACCAUCACGACUACCAUCACAUCCUGCACCACCACCACCACCAGAACCACCACCCCCACAGCCACAGCCAGCGCUACUCUCGAGAGGAGCUGAAGGAUGCUGGCAUUGCGACAUUGGCCUGGAUGGUGAUCAUGGGCGAUGGGCUGCAUAACUUCAGUGAUGGCCUUGCAAUCGGUGCUGCCUUCACUGAGGGCCUGUCCAGCGGACUGAGCACCUCUGUUGCUGUGUUCUGUCAUGAGCUGCCUCAUGAAUUAGGUGACUUUGCUGUUUUGCUAAAGGCCGGCAUGACCGUCAAGCAGGCUGUUCUCUAUAAUGCCCUGUCAGCCAUGCUGGCGUAUCUUGGAAUGGCAACAGGGAUAUUCAUCGGGCAUUAUGCAGAAAAUGUUUCUAUGUGGAUAUUUGCACUUACUGCCGGCUUGUUCAUGUAUGUCGCUCUGGUUGACAUGGUGCCUGAGAUGCUGCACAAUGACGCUAGUGACCACGGAUGCAGCCGUUGGGGUUAUUUCUUCCUGCAGAAUGCUGGGAUACUUCUGGGUUUCGGAAUUAUGUUACUCAUUUCCAUAUUUGAACAUAAAAUUGUGUUUCGUAUAAAUUUCUGAUUAGGUUCUAAACCCUAGCGUAGCUUGAAGAAGCGCUGCUGGUAUGUAGUUGGAGUAGUGAUAGAAAUAUGACCACAUGCUGUGGUACACAGCAUGUAAAACUCGUGGAUUUUGUGAUUUUCAUAUCAUAUUUUGCCAUUUGUUACAUUGGGCAACAUAAAGGUACGUUUUAAUAUUUAAGUUGUUCUGUUUUGGAAAUGUAAAUUCUAUGUGCCAUGUACCAGUGUUACCAGUCUAUUGUAUGUUUUGGCAUGAUAUGUUCUGUGUAUUUUAAAGACAGUGUCUUUAAUAAUACUCUUUUGUAUAAGUUUAAUAUUAGUUCCCUGCUGGAGUCCGGUCCCUGCAGACCUGGUAGCGGUGAGGAAGGGUGGGCACGGACGGAGCCACAGAUGCCAACAGUUUGGACUGAGUGUAGCCAAGAAAUAGGAGGAGGGGAGAAGAACUGGAGGGCUGGCGAGGUGUCCGUUGCUUAGAAAAAUCACAAAAUUGGUUACAAUGUAGAGUACAUCCGUGAACAUCUGUCAUAUUGUUAAUGUUCCUGUAAAAACAGUCAGCACUUUGAUAGCCUUAAGUUGGUUGUGUAUUUGCUUGUAUAGUAGAGGUGUCUAAAUGUAUUUUUAAUCUAAGCAAUGUGUCAGUUGACAGAAACCAGGAUUUUAAGUCUGUAUAUGGAGAUAGUAACUAGUGUGUGUCACCAGAAGACUUGGUUUUCACCAAGGGAUGUUACCCUCAGUUAUGUGACUGGGUGUUCUGGUUGCCUAGGUCCCCAAAUGGCAGGUAUUAAAACCUUGAUCCAGUGAGGACAUUAAGACCCAUUCUGAAUAUAUUUGGACUUCUUGGAUUCAGAAAGCACUUGCUCUCCUUCAGUGCUUUAAAAUGUCAUUGUGAGCAACUGUCCUAUUACGUACAGCGCUGUAGAUACAUUAGGGCUGCCUGUAGCACUGUCUAGAUGUUUCUUAAGAAAAUAAAAUUGUCAACUCAA